CGCCGUCCGUUAAUUGCAAUAUCUGACUCUGUCAGCUGUUCUUCGCACGAGCGCGAGCGACAAGAGAAAGAAAACGAUUGCCGACGCAGUUGACGCUUGUCAAAGGCUCGUCACAAGAUGAGUCGGAGCGAGAUGUGAUGUAAUGCAGGCUGCGUCGAGGUCAGAACGAGACCUAGGAAAUUUGAGCUGAAUGCCGCCCGGACAAGACAGGACCAGACAAGUCUGCGCAGGAUUGCGCCAUGAAGGUCGUAGUGACGGGAGCGACUGGCUACUUGGGAGGGCGAUUGGUCCAAGGACUCAUCCAUGCAUCGAACGAAGUUCGAGCCCUCGUUCGCAAGAGCAGCGUCGUGGAUGAGAUUCCGCAGCAGGUUGAGCUGGUGUACGGAGACGUGCGGGACCUCAAUUCGCUCGUUUCUGCGUUCGCAGGAUGCGACGCUGUGAUCCAUGUCGGCGCAAUGGUCUCCUCCUGGAGUCCAACGCCCGCUCUUUACUACACGAUAAACGUGGAGGGGCUACGAAAUGUCAUACAAGCCGUGCAGCAAACUCCAUCCGUGCAGAAACUUAUAUAUACAUCAUCAUAUUUUGCAGUGGGCCCUACAGGGGAUGAUGCCGUCAAUGAGGAGCAGGUACACGAUGGAAAGAGCUUCACCUCAGAGUACGAGAAGUCGAAGUACUUAGCUGACAUAGUUGCAAGAGAUGCAGCGAAGGAUGGGGUACCAAUCGUGAUGCUGUACCCUGGGACCAUUUAUGGCCCUGGAAAACGCACAGCUGGAAAUAUUGUUUCUGAAUUUAUCGUCGAGAGAUUCAAUGGUCGGUUACCCGGUUACUUAGGCAGUGGGAACGACAGAAAUCCUCUGUGCCAUGUAGAUGAUGUGGCUUUUGGCCACAUAGCUGCUCUUACCUACGGGAGAGUCGGAGAGCGUUACUUUCUUUGCGGUGAUGCCGUGUCUUUCAAGGAAGUUCUUGAUGUGGCAGCCGAAUUCACAAAGACCUCGAGGCCUAUGUUUACUCUUCCGCUCUGGCUCCUGGAGAUCUACGGGCGAGCGUCAUGCUUCUUUGCCAAGCGCUUUGGCUUUAUACCGGCGGUGACCCCUGAGGCAAUUGCGGUUUUGAGAAAAAAAUGGAUUUAUAGCUCUGAGAAGGCCGAGAGGGAAUUGGGGUACAGAUCUAGACCAUUCGCUGAAGGUUUGGCAGAGGUCAUAGUGUGGUUGAAGGAUUUAAAAUUGAUUAAAUACUAAGCAUGUAAGUAGUGUUGUGAAUUAGCAACGGAGUCGAGACCAUAGAAGAAGUAAAUCAAUGAAGAAAAAAUAUCUGUAAAAUGUAAGACGGAUUCACGGUUUAUUAUUGAAGGUAAAUAAGAAUUAAAUUUACCUCUGGGACUACGAAAUCAACUAUCAUUAUGGUUUUUGGAUUUCGGCAUGAAAGAUGUAUAUAUUGCUGUCUAGUCAAUAAAGCAAUCUGGUCAGAGAAUACAGUUGUCCAGUGAUCUCACACUUGUGAGAUGUUGCAUUAUAGAGAUGAGGGGUUAGUGAUAGCAAUCCUUCUGGAUUCGAGCAGGAGCUUGGUUGAAGGUGGGGAGUGCUAGGUUGAGAGUUUUGAUCUCAGGAGCAUUGCUAAGAAUCUACCUGAGAGCUAUAUUGAACGCAUGCAACUUAUUUAUGGCAAGUGCAGGAGAGUCGUCUCUACCUGAUAUGGUAGAGAUGUCAUUUAGAAUUGAUCCUUAUGUAUCAUUUUCUAGAUGAUG